AUCAAUUUGCAUAUUUUUUGUAGGAAAAUGGGUAAUCAGUUACUUUUUCUGCUUCUCGCGACCGCAGCGUUGGUCACUGCUAGCGUGUACGAUGAUUUCCCCCAAUGGGAUCCCAUUCACUGGCUGGUCCCGAGCACAGAAACCAUCGAAUUGAGCUGCUACCACCCCAGUUAUUACCCCUUUAACGACUUAAGCAAAGGGCAUAAUAUUCAAUGGAUCCUGCCCAAACCAACGUCAUACCGUCAUCUUAAACCCGGUGAAUCAAACGAAGGUUGGAAAGUGCUGAAUGACACCAAGUACACCCUUAAAAUUGAUAAAUCAAUCAUGAAUGUACCUGACGCAGUGAACGGAAUGUACGUCUGUGCUGUACUGGCCCCAAUAAGUGAUAAGUCGGAAAUCUACUCCUGGUACUACCUGAGGUGGGGAGUCGGCCUGUACACCAACGUUCCCGCAAUGAAUGAAGGCACAAUUGCUCAAAAGUACUACAUGAGUUUCACAUAUUCCUGGGUCUCGACUCUUGUGGCAAUCGUCAUAUUUGUACUUUUCGCGAUAACGGUCCACUUCAGGUACAAAGGAGGCCCCGUGCUAGAAGUCGACGAAGAGGCUGGUAGUGAAUUAUCAUUCACUUCAAAGAAAUCAGACAAAAAAGGCAUUGAUUUUGAUAGCGGGAUGCUGUAA